UGACAGCGACAGGGAGUACUAUUUUUUUUUCAGGUUAUGAAUAUGAACCAGGUUUUGUUUUGUAAAUUCAAAAUAAUUUUCUACAUAAAAUAACUAAAAAAACAACGAAAAUUAUCAAAAUGUUAUCUAGAAAUCUAAUUCGGGCUGUUCUUCAGAAUAAACCCUUGUCAAGUACAUGGCAGAAAAUCUUUGUGAGGCAAAAGUCCUAUACCCCACUAAACACCGUCAUAAUGUUUGUACCCCAGCAAGAGGCAUGGAUAGUGGAACGAAUGGGCAAAUUCCAUAGAAUACUCGAACCAGGCUUAAAUAUACUAAUUCCUAUAGCAGACAGAGUAAAAUAUGUUCAAAGCCUUAAGGAAAUAGCCGUAGAUAUUCCUAAACAAAGCGCAAUCACAUCCGAUAAUGUAACUUUGAGUAUCGAUGGUGUUUUGUAUUUGAGAAUAGUUGAUGCCUACUUGGCCAGUUACGGUGUUGAGGAUCCUGAAUUUGCCAUAACACAACUUGCACAAACUACUAUGCGGUCAGAAUUAGGAAAGAUCUCAUUAGACAAAGUGUUCAGGGAGAGGGAAAGCUUAAAUGUUGCUAUGGUAGAGUCUAUUAACAAAGCCAGUGAGGCUUGGGGUAUGACAUGUCUUAGAUACGAAAUUAGGGAUAUUAAGCUACCUCAAAGAGUGCAAGAAGCUAUGCAAAUGCAGGUUGAAGCUGAGCGUAAGAAAAGAGCAGCAGUAUUAGAGUCAGAGGGUGUAAGGGCAGCUGAAAUUAAUGUGGCUGAAGGUAAACGUCAAGCACGAAUUCUAGCAUCUGAAGCAGAAAAACAAGAACAAAUAAAUAAAGCUUCUGGUGAAGCUUCAGCUAUUAAAGCAGUUGCUGAAGCAAGAGCUAAAGGGAUACAACUUGUAGCAGAAGCUCUUCAAACAGAACGUGGAUCCAAUGCAGCAGCUUUAACUAUAGCCGAACAAUAUGUUGGUGCCUUUGACAAUUUGGCCAGGACAAAUAAUACACUUAUUUUGCCUGCUAAUGCCGGUGAUGUAUCCAGCAUUGUAACACAAGCUUUGUCGGUAUAUUCUGCAGUUACAAAACAGCCAGGUUUCCAUAAAAAGAGAGCGUUUAAGUCUAAGAUACUUCCCUUGAAACCGCAGGAUAAUUUGGAGGAAUAUUUUAGUGACGAAGAGGAUCUGAAAAAGCACAGGGAAAGGUUGGAAUUGGAAAAUAAUUUGAAGAAAUAAUAAGUUAUUGGUUUUCAUUUAAAAUCACUUUUUUUUUGGAGAAUCACAUGUUAUUAAAUUGAUGAAAUUGUUGUAAUUGUUAAUGCAUUUUUAUUAUUUUUUUCAUUUACUAUUUUUGAAAUUUCACAACUUUAUUAUGGGAAUAAAUGAAUUCUAUUUAUUUUGA